AUUACGUCCCGUAACUAUGUUUUGGCGAUGGAGUACUGUGACGGGGGCAGCCUGUAUUCCAUGUUAGAUCAGCCCAGGUACUUCUACGGCCUCCCCGAAGAAGAGUUCCUGAUUGUGCUAUAUGACAUCGCAUCAGGGAUGAAGUACCUAAGGCAGGAGGACAUCAUUCACAGAGAUAUUAAACCUGGCAACAUCAUGAGAAAGAUUGAUGAAAACGGGAGAUCAAUCUACAAGCUGACAGACUUUGGAGCAGCCAGAAAGCUAGAAGAAGAGGAAACAUUUACAUCUAUAUAUGGAACAGAAGAAUAUUUAGAUCCCAACAUGUAUGAGCGUGCUGUUUUGCGGCGACAGAUAAGUCAGGACUUUGGAGCCGUGGUAGACCUGUGGAGUCUGGGGGUGACAAUCUACCACACGGCCACGGGGCACCUGCCAUUUCAACCGUACGGGGGGAGAAAAAAUACAGAAACAAUGUAUAUGAUCACCACGCAGAAGGCCCCGGGAGUGAUAUCUGGGAUACAGAGGACAGAGAACGGAGAGAUCGAAUGGAAGACGGACCUACCACGCACCUGUCUACUGUCUCCAUUUCUGAAGUCAAUCGUGACCCCCAUUAUGUCUGGUUUAUUGGAGAGUAAUACUACACUGAGAUGGACCUUUGAGAAGUUUUUUGAGACAGUCCAGUCACUUAGAGAGAUGAUCACUAUCAAGCUGUUCAACUGUUCAUCAGGGUCCAACAACAAAAUGUACAUCAAUAAAACCGAUAGGUUUGCUAAGUGUCAGGAGCUGAUCGCCAAGGAGACGGAGAUAGCAGCCAGUGAACAGCUGAUUCUGUACCAUAACCGGGAAAUCAGCGAGGUCAUUGACAUGACGGCAGAAAUCCAGAACUGGCCGAAGAAUGUACUGCACGGCCAGCUGUAUCUGUAUCAGAGAGAAAGGCUGGAUCAGCAAAAACUUAGUCUGCCUGAAAUACCGCCCAUUCCCCAGUUCUUCAGCAGUACCCCUAUUUCGUAUGAUAAGGAUGCCUACGUGGCCCAUAAGACGUGUGCAAUCGCUCACCUUACUGUGCAGUACGUCACCCUGUCUAUUCAGGAACAGGAACUCAUGCAGCUGGCCGAAAUAUCACUGAGAGACUACAUAUUCCGUUUGACCAGCCACAUUAACAACGCCAUUCCAGACAUGAUGCGGUUACUGGAGGAACACAGUAAGAGACAGAACAUGUACUACAAGACAUACACUUCUUUCCUCGAUCACCUGGACGUUUUACUACCUCUACUGAGAGAGAACCAUGAAAUGUCCGCCAUCAUUAGGGAUAAAUACCAGAAGAUACAGAACACUGUGUCCGAUGUUAAUCCUAGAGAGGUGCUGAAAAAGGCGGAGAAUCGAUCAGAAGAAUGUAAGGUGUACAUGGACGUCCUGAUGAACAAGAUCUACGAGCAGGAGAAAGAGGCCAUUAGUCACUGUGUGGGCUGUUUGGAGGAGGAAAACUGCACUCAGAAAGCUGAGCACCUGUGUAGGAAGAUAGAGGAGAUCUCGACGGCCUUCACCAAAGACAGGAAACAGAAAACACUGUGUCCAGAAGAGGAAUACGUUCACGAGUCAGACAGAAUCCGGAUACAGGACCUGUGUGUUCAGCUGGUCUCUCUGCUUCAAGGUCACUGUCUGAGGAAUCUGUCCAGAACGUACAGUGUAGUGGGCAAGCAGAUAGGAUUACUGCUGAAGAAUGUUCAGAGAACAAAGAAGGUUGAACAGAAUAUCGCUUCUGUCAGCGAUUGUCGGGAGAAGCUCAGUAAUCGCAUCGACAAGAUGGACAGAGAAUGUUUGUCAUUAGCUGAACAAGCCAAGGAGGGCAUGAGGACACAUAUCAAAGGCUUCUCCCUCCCGGUCCAGUGGCAGGGGUUGUCAGGGAAACCACUGAGUCCUCGCCCAAUGUCACAGGACUUUGCAUACAGAGACAGUGGUUUAGGAGCCAGCGGGGCCCAGUCCAGUGUGUCCUCCAGUAGCUUAGGAGCCAGGCUGUCACAAAAAAUGGAUGACCUGAAUAUUAAAAGCUUUGAAGUUAAAGAGGAGGUGGAGAGGAAUCAAAAGUCCCUGGAGGAAUCUGACAGAAUUUUGGCUUAUGGAGUUCAAGAGACAGCGCCAUCAGACACAUACACCCCCACCGGAGGUGCCACUUGGAAUGCGGGCUCGUAUGGAUGACAAAAGAUUGAGUUCUGUAUCCAAACAGACGGAGUCAACGUAUUACUUUAAAACUUCAUGCUCGCUGUUGUAGGCUCAAUGUUGAAACCAUCACAACAGGAGGAACGGCGGUGAAAUCAAAUUCUAGCUGCCUCAUCAGAGAAUCAGCAUUUAGAAACAUGGAAGAAAUCAUAAUGUGGCACAUGAUCAGCUUACAAAAAUCAAAAGUAUUUCACUCAUGACACUUACUAGAGUGCACAAAAAAACUGUUAUUUGGAGUACAUUAUAAAGAUAUAAACAACUGUAAACAGAAUUUAUUAUUAAAAUCAGACUGACAAUGAUAGAGCUUUGAAUGAUUCAACUUAACACACUAAAUCGUUGAUGAUGAAAGAACUGUAAGUAAAUUAAGAUAUAUUAAUUUUAACACCAUGAGGAUAAUAUAAAGCUUGGGCAACAGACAGUGAGAGCAGAAAAUGUAUAUUUUUACAGUAGCUGAUAAAUGUAAAUCAUGGAUGUUGCCAUGAUGUUUUAUAUUCAAGCAUAGGAGAAAAAAAAUGACAUGGAAAAGAGGUCAUUUAACGCAAGAGUGUUUGAUAAAAACUAUAGUGACAAAGGAAGAACUCAGCAGUGUGAUCAGAUUGAGUGUAUGGUAAUAACCAUACCUGGUUCCUAGUUCAGUAGUACACUCAUUCAGAUGAUCAUACAUGAAGUUUGACAAGAUUGAUUUUCGUUCAAUUUUAAUAACAAUUCUAAGGUUGAAUUGAGUGACUUAGAUAAGCCGGGAAUGUUUUGAAUUAAUGUGAUACAGUUAAAAUUUAUAUUUUAGUGUU